AUGGCUCUUACAUACAAGCAGUCGAAGCUGGUGCGGGAGUCGAUCCCGCACCUGCGCGAGCACGGCGAGCGGAUCUCGUCGAUCUUCUACGCGACGAUGUUGGAUGAGCACCCGGAACUCAGGAGCUACUUCAACACGGUCAACCAGCAGAACGGGCGGCAGCCGCGGGCGCUGACGACGAUUAUCCUGGCGUUUGCGACCAACAUCUCGCACACCAGCGAGCUGAUCCCGCGGCUCGAGCGCGUCUGUCACAAGCACUGCUCUCUGGGCAUCCAGCCGCAACAGUACGCCAUUGUGGGCGAGUAUCUGAUCCGGGCCUUCCGCGACGUGCUGGGCACGGCUAUGACGACUGAGCUGCAGUCGGCCUGGACGGACGCCUACUGCGUGCUGGCGCGCAUGAUGAUGGGCCGCGAGUCGCACCUGUAUCGCAGCUUCGAGACCUGGCAGGGCUGGCGGCCACUGCGGGUGGAGCGCAAGGUGGCCGAGUCCGACGACGUCUACUCUUUCUAUCUGGUGCCGUAUGUCUCGGUGCGGAUGCCGUUGAGCGACGAGAGCGCCAUGGCGCUAUUGGGUCAAAACGGUCAAAACGGUCAGGCCCAAAACGUCCAGGACGGUCAGAACGGUCAGACCCAAAUCGGGCAGGCGGGCCCAGACGGCCGCUUCUACCAGGCGCGACAGUAUUCGCUCAGCGACCGGUGGCGGCCCAACUGCUACCGGAUCAGCGUCAAGCGCGACGAGGGCACGCGGUUUGCCAACGCGGUGUCGUCGUCGUACUUUCACCCGGGCGUGGUGUCCAAUGCGCUGAUCGACAGCGUCGAGGUGGGCGACACGAUCGAGGUGUCGCAUCCGACGGGCGAGUUCUUCCUCAACCCACGACGCGCCGUCACAUACGUCCACGGCACCCACAACGGGCCGCCCGUGUUCGACGCCCAGAUCCGCGACAUCCAGCGGCGCCAUCCGCGUCUGCGCACGGCCUAUUUCUACAGCGGCCGUCCAACGUCCGGAAGGGCUUCUUCGGCCUCGUCAGCCUCGUCGGCACACUCGCUGCGUCGUUUGCGCGUCAGCGGACUCGGCGGCGGGCUCGGCGACUUGGACUUUCACGGCACCUCCUUCUCGGACCAUCACCACUACCUGUCCGUCCAGCCGUCCACGGCACUCGGAUCCCAUGGCGUCGGUCGCUCGCAGACAUACGAGUUUACCGGCCGCAUCGACCUCAGCAGGCUCGUGCCCGGGCUUGCCGAACCGUCAUCGCCCAUGUCCGACCAUACGGAGUCGCCGCCGACACCCACCAACGCCACAGCCGCUGCCCACGGCAGCCUCCACAACAGCGUCGACGACGAUGACCUGCUCUAUCUCGGCAACAACAGUACCGAGUACUUUGUCUGCGGCCCUGAGGCCUUCAUGCUGGACAUGGCCGUCUGCCUGGUGCACGGCCUUGGUGUCAGCCGAAAUCGCAUCCGCUACGAGCUCUUCUCGACCGGCGACAUCGAGACGGCCCAGCAGGACAGCCGCAUGUCCUACAUCCGGUGA